AUGGCCACAUGCACAGUGGAGAACAACAUCUAUGUCGGUGACGACGACUCAUCAGAAUGGUCUUCAGACAGUGAUUACGAGAUCACAGGGCUGCUAGAACAACUAGAGCUGCUAGAACAACUAGAGCUGCUAGAACAACUAGAGCUGCUAGAACAACUAGGGCUGCUAGAACAACUAGAGCUGCUAGAACAACUAGAGUUGCUUGAACUACUAGAGCUGCUAGAAUAACUAGAGCGGCUAGAACAACUUGAGCUCCUAGAACAACUAGAGCGGCUAGAACAACUGGAGCAGCUAGAACAACUACAGCUGCUAGAACUGCUAGAGCGGCCAGAACAACUACAGCUGCUAGAACUGCUAGAGCUGCCAGAACAACUAGAGCUGCCAGAACAACUGGAGCUGCCAGAACUACUAGAGCUGCUAGAACAAAUAGAGCUGCCAGAAGAACUAGAGCUGCUAGAACUACUAGAGCUGCUAGAACAACUAGAGUUGCUAGAACAACUAGAGCUGCUACAACAACCAGAGCUGCUAGAACAACUAGAGCUGCUAGAACAACUACAAGCUGCUAGAAUAACUAGAGCGGCUAGAACAACUAGAGCUCCUAGAACAACUAGAGCGGCUAGAACAACUGGAGCAGCUAGAACAACUAGAGCUGCUAGAACUGCUAGAGCGGCCAGAACAACUACAGCUGCUAGAACUGCUAGAGCUGCUAGAACAACUAGAGCUGCCAGAACAACUGGAGCUCUGCCAGAACAACUAGAGCUCCUACAACAACUAGAGCUGCUGGAACAACUUGAGCUCCUAGAACAACUAGAGCUGCUAGAACAACUGGAGCUGCUAGAACAACUUGAACUGCUAGAACAACUAGAGCUGCUAGAACAACUUGAGCUGCUAGAACAACUAGAGCUGCUAGAACAACUAGAGCUGCUAGAACAACUUGAGCUGCUAGAACAACUAGAGAGCUGCUAG